AUGCUUCUGCAGCGGUCUUCACGAUUGCUCUCGUCCUUGGCCCGUGGCGCUUUCCAUUCGCCUGUAGCACCGCUCAGCGCGUCGCUGCGAUGUCGGACCCAGCGGCCAUACAGCAUUCAUGCUGAUGUCUCUGUUGGCGAGAAGAUACAGGACAUCGACCCUACCAAGCUCUCCAUCACCAAGACGACCACACCAAAAGACCUCCUGCCGCAUGAGGAACUUGUCUUUGGUCGCAACUUCUCUGAUCAUAUGCUCUCCCUUGAAUGGACAGCAACACAAGGAUGGCUACCGGCACGCAUCACACCCUACCAAAACCUCAGUCUCGACCCUGCGACAUGUGUCUUCCACUAUGCAUUCGAGUGCUUCGAGGGCAUGAAGGCCUACAAGGACAAGAGCGGCAACAUUAGGUUGUUCAGGCCGGACAAGAACAUGGCUAGGUUGAACAAGUCAUCGGCACGAAUUGCAUUGCCUACAUUCGACCCUGAUGCUCUGAUCGAGCUCAUUGGCAAGUUCGUCAAAGAGGACGAGCGCUUUGUUCCCGAUGCACGAGGCUACUCUCUCUACCUUCGCCCAACCAUGAUCGGUACACAGCGCACUCUGGGCGUAGGUCCUCCCGCUUCUGCACUACUCUACGUGAUCGCUUCGCCUGUCGGCCCGUACUACCCUACCGGUUUCAAGGCCAUCUCGCUCGAGGCUACAGACUACGCUGUGCGUGCAUGGCCUGGAGGUGUUGGAGACAAGAAGCUCGGUGCCAACUACGCGCCUUGCAUUGUCCCGCAGAUGCAGGCUGCGAGCCGUGGUUUCCAUCAGAACCUGUGGUUGUUCGGCGAAGAAGAGUACAUUACAGAGGUGGGCACGAUGAACUUGUUCGCAGCUAUCAAGAACAAGGAGACGGGAAAGCCAGAGUUGCUCACUGCACCUCUUGACGGAACGAUUCUCGAGGGAGUGACGCGAGAUUCGAUCCUCGAACUUGCGCGCGAGCGAUUGGUGCCAAAGGGUUGGACCGUAACGGAGCGCAAGUUCACCAUGAAGGAGGUGGCCGACGCUGCCAACGAGGGACGCAUGAUGGAGAUCUUUGGUGCAGGUACCGCUGCCAUUGUCGCACCGGUGCGAAAGAUUAGCUGGAAGGGACAGCUUGUCGACUGCGGACUUGAAGACCAUGUCGAAGCCGGCCCUGUGGCACAACAGAUGAAGGAUUGGAUGGAGGCCAUUCAGUACGGCGACGAGGACCAUGCAUGGAGGACCUCCCCACACGACGUGCCGCAGCUUGCCCGCUUCCUCCGCCGCUCUCUCCUCGCCCACAAUGCCGCUCGAGUCCCGCAUGCCCGCCCUCUCUCACGCGCCUUCGCAUCCCUUGUCCGUGCCCGCCGGUUCUAUGCUACAACUACGCGCGCUACCGAGCCGACCGAGACAGUGAAGAAGGCCGUCAAGACUGCGGCAGCUAAGAAGCCGGCGCCUAAGAAGACUGCCACGGCCGCAAAGAAGGCAGCCCCCAAGAAGGCUACGGCGACCAAGACUGCGGCAAGGAAAACAGCGAAGAAGCCGGCUGCCAAGAAGAAAGCAACGCCCAAGAAGCGCGUCAAGAAACCUUUGACGGAUGAAGAGAAACUACAGGCCAAGAUGCGCCAACUGCGCGUCAAGGCACUCAAGGAGCCUGGAAAACACCGCAAGUAUACGGCUAUAAAUGCCUUUGUCUCCGAAACGCGCGCUUCAAAAUCCAGCUUUGCCGAAACUAUCAAAGCCUUCAGGAACUUGACUCCUGCCGAGCUUGAGCACUGGAACCACGUUGCCAACCAAGAGCACGCUGCCAGACAAGCCGAGUAUAAGGCGUUUAUCCAUUCCUACACUCCCGAACAGAUAAAGAUUGCAAACAACGCUCGUAGCCAGCUACGGAAGUUGCUUGCGGACAAGCGUAAGCGACUCCCUCCAUAUACCAUAAAGCUUGUGGACGACCGCCAGCCCAAGAGGGCGUCGCCUCCCUUCCCCACUUUUGUGCGAGCCAGGUUCGCCAGUGGAGACUACAAGAACAUCCACCCGACGGACGCCGUCAAACUCGCUGCUAAUGAGUGGAAGAGUCUGAGCGCUGCCGAGAAGCAGAAAUACGAGGAUGAGUGGGUAGCUCGGAAGGAUGAUGCUGCUGCAGCUGCAUAA